CCACGACGCCUCUCUUCACACUCCCGCUUCCACCGUGCUGCAAACUUUGGGUUGCAUCGGCGCUCGGUUUGGUAGUUGACUACCGGGGCAGCGAGAAAGCGGAGCGGCUGCCGUCGUCAGCCCUCGGAGACGUUUUGUUUCAUGUCUUCAGGCUGGUUUAAGAGGCGUUUCUUGAGCAGCGGGAGCGCCGCGCGCCGGGGGAAAAGCGCUCCGCAGCAGCAAGAAGGAGACGAAGCAGGGUCUCCGCCGCCACCCUCUCUGCUGUUGUACAGACGGCCCAGAUUCCUGCGUGGAGCUUCUCCCAGCGAGGAGAGGCAGCCUGGCAAGCGCCCCGUCCUCUGCCCUUCCCGAGACAGGCCUCUCCAGUGGCACACGGGCUAUGCGGAAACCAUCAAUGCAGAAAAAUCAGAAUUCAAUGAAGACCAAGCAACAUGCUGUCAGAUCUCUAUAAGGAAGAGGGAAUAUGGCAAAGAGGAGGAUCAGGAGUGGCUGAUUCUGUGCACUACUGAGUAUCUGACUGGCUACUACUGGGCACUGUUUGAUGGCCAUGGUGGUCCUGAAGCAUCAGUUAUGGCUGCUAAGUACUUGCACUAUUGCAUCAAGCAGAAACUAGAGGAUGUGGUGGAAGGCAUUACUGGAGACCGUCCCCCGAUGCACCUCAAUGGACAGUGUGUUUGCCAAAGCGACCCACGGUUUGUGGAAGAAAAGCAAAUUCGACAAGAAGAUGUGGUAAUUGGAGCACUGGAGAAUGCUUUCCAGGAAUGUGAUGAGGUGAUUGGUCAGGAGAUGGAAGCUUCCAACCAAUCAGGAGGUUGCACUGCACUAGCUGCACUUUAUCUGCAGGGAAAGCUCUAUGUGGCAAAUGCAGGUGACAGCAGGGCACUCCUUGUUCGAAAACAAAGCAUUGUCCCCUUGAGUACUGAAUUCACCCCCGAGACAGAAAGGCAGAGAAUCCAACACCUGGCUUUCACUUACCCAAAACUCCUAGCAGAUGAAUUCACACGGUUUGAGUUUCCAAGGAGAUUGAGAGGAGAUGAUGUGGGCCAGAAGGUCCUGUACCGAGAUUUCUCGAUGGAAGGCUGGGGCUACAAGACAGUGGUGAAAGAUGACCUCAAGUACCCUCUUAUCCAUGGACAUGGAAAACAGGCUCGUUUGCUAGGCACCCUGGCCGUCUCACGAGGCCUGGGAGAUCAUCAGUUGAAAGUCAUUGAAACAGAUGUUGAAGUCAAGCCUUUCCUCUCUUGCAUUCCUAAGAAGUACUUGACUUCUCUGCACAAAAUAUCAAAGAAGAUGAUAUCCUCAUCAUGGCAACUGAUGGCCUUUGGGAUGUUCUGUCCAAUGAUGAUGUGGCCCAUAUUGUCAGGAAGUUUGUCCAGGACAACACAUCUGACCCAUACAGGUUUACAGAACUGGCCAAAUGCCUGGUGCAGAAAGCAAGGGGCAAGAAGGAUGGAUACUACUGGACUACGGACAGUAAUGCUCCUGCUUCUUAUGAUGAUAUUUCUGUGUUUGCAAUUUCCUUGCACAACAAGGAUGACUCCUGAAUGUCCUGUUAUUACUAAGCAAGUGUUAAUAGUCAUUCAGAUAUUGCUGUUACUGGGACCAUUUCUUGACCUACAUGCUGCCACUAAUAUGGAAUGAUGUGAAGUUACCCAUUUUAUUCUUAAAUGGUGCUUUAAUAGUAUCUUGUAUAUUUUUGCAAGCUAUUUAGCUUGGAAAUUUUUGUAUCUUGGCUCACAGAAUUUAUGUUGAGACCUUGAGCUGCAACAGUAUGUAGAACAUAUGACCACAAACUAAUAAGUGAAGGUCCCAAAUGUUUCAUGUAAGAAAUCUGUGGAGGGGAUUGCCCAGUUAUUUAAGGGAAUCUUUAUUAAAAUUUCUAGUGUUACUAGGGUUGCCUCAAACCUGCCAGCUGAAUUUGUUGAGGUAAAUGCAGUGCUUAGUGGCAGGCCCAACCCAUUGCAACUUGUACUUUUGAAAGCAUUUUUACAUUAAGUCAGACUAGCUUUUGUAUUUGUUUAUAAUUCAUUUGCAUAUUAAAUUGUUGCAGCUCAUGCAUGGCUAUUUAUAAUUCAAUAAAAUAUUUUAAGUUUUUAUUUUAAAAUAAAUGAUACAACUUUGUUAUUUUGAAUAAAGACAUAUCCUGUAUUAAGGUUUAACAUAGCACAACACAGUCUUGAGAAUCUGUCUAAUGUUUUAAAAUUGUUUUUAAAAGAUGUUUUAAAUUUGUAUAUUUGUUUUUAAUGUUUUUAGUUACUGUAAACCACCCAGAGAGCUUCGGCUAUGGGGCGGUAUACAAAUACAAUAAAUAAAUAAUCCAAGGCUUGUACCCAAAACAGCACCAAGUCUCUUGUUCCAGUAGUGCAAGAAUUUAAUUUGUGCAGUGGAACUUUCUCUCCCUCUUUUCCCUCUAUGCUAGGGGCACCCCCCCAACCCUCUGGAACACAGCAUUGGAUACCACACAGACUGUCUUUAAUUAUUUCUGGUCUAGCUGUACAUAGAUGAACAGAAUCAGCAGUGUGUCUAUCCCAGUGUAGUCAGCUACCCUAUUCUGCUUUUUUUCAUGGAUGGUAAAUGGGUAUUCAAUCAUAAAUAGGCCAAGCUAACAUGAGAAGGGGAUGUGCUAGUGUAGUAGUAACAUGUUCCAAGGCAUAGUGGGGACAAAGUCCAACACUUCCAUGCAGAUCCCUCUCAAAACAAAAUCUCAAGAGAGUUGAGUGCUGACAGGACUAGAGCCAAAGAGGAUAACUGAGGUUCACUAAAGCAUGCUGCUACCUCCUUUUAUUGGCAUGCCUAGAAGACCUCAAUAUAGUCCAUUGAGCACUCAAACUUCUCAGUAGCUUCCAAGACCCCAGAAUAUUGCAUGCCAGCUGGAAAAGAAAAAUGUAAGGGGCUCAUACACAGAGAGUAUGAAUUGAUUUGCUUGCGCCCAUACAGUUAGUAUAGUGGAGAAGGGCAGGGCUGGGAGGAAGAACUCUUAAAACAGGAGCGCUCCUCUUACAGAAUGAUAUACAGUAUUUUCUUUUAAAAACAGGAUGACUAGCUUUUAAUCAC